UCGCGUGUGAACGUGAUAUCACCUAAUUAAAAUAAAUUAACAUCUUAAUGUUUUUCAUUUUGAUCGUCGCUCAUUCCUUUAAACGAUAUUCGCUUGACCGGUUGUGGUUCAUAAGAAGCAAGGAAGGAAGGAGUUAUAAGUGUGUGGUGGUCAGGUAACCGUGGAGAACGGGAGAGAAGCCGCAUGUGUGUGUGUGUCUUCCAUGAAAAGGCGGGGGAGAAGUAGCAAGGGUGUGGUGGUCCUGGAACUGAGGAGUGUGGGAGAGAAGCCGUGCGCGCGCGUGUGUGUGUGAUACGUGAAGAGUCUUGGAGAAGUUGAGAGGAUGCGGUGGUCAGGGAACAGGAAUGGGAGAGAAGCCGCGUGUAUGUUAUCCAUGAAUAGGCAAGGGAUAAGUUGUAAGAGUGUAUUUGUCAGGGAAACGAGGGGUAAGGGAGUGAAGUCAUGUCAGGAUGUGGUCCAUGAAAAGGCAGGGGAGAAAUUAUAAGGGUGUGGUGGGCAGGUACAGAGUAUAUGGGAGAGAAGCUGUGUGUUUGUGUGUGUUCCAUAGAAAUUCAGGGAAAAGUUGUAAGGUCUGUGGACAUGGAGUUGAGGAGUAUGUGUGUGUUUGGAGGGGGGGAGUGUGGUGGCGGAUGAAGUUUCAUCAGGGUGGACCCUGAUGCCCCAGCAUCCCUCCACUAUCAUUGCACCUCAACUGAACUAGUGCAGAUAACCACCAAAAUCAGAUUCAUUUUUUAACACAACAAGAUGGAUGUGAUCAAGGCUGAGACUAAUUCAGAUGGUGAUGAGGAUUCUGUAUCACAUGAGAAAGAAACAUUGUUGUUGGCACUACCUGUAUCAGAGGUUAAGAUCGAUGAGAAUGAACUAGGUGAAGGAAUGCAAAGUACAGACCUGAAAGAAGAAGCAGAGUUCAAACUAAGUGAGAAGUGUCAGAAGAGUGAUGCUGCUGCAGAAAUGAAGGCUGAGGUUGACUUUGAGUUUGCAGAUGUUAGCGAAGUGAAGCAUGAGCCAGACGACAAAGAAGCACAAGAAGACGGUUGUGCACAAAAUGAAGAGAACAAGGGGCAGGAGGAGAAUAUGCCAGAAAUGGGACCAUACUUCAAGCCUGUUCUCAGAAAUGGACCCUACAGUAGAUCCAGUGAUGGUCUAUACAUCUGUAAAGUAUGCAACAAAAGUUUUGGUGAUAAUUUCAAUCUGACAAUUCACUACCGGAUACACACAGGAGAACGUCCACAUGUAUGCAAUGAAUGUGGGAAGUGUUUCACACAGUUUAGUAACCUUAAGAUUCAUAGCCUCGUUCAUACGGGUGAACGUCCACAUUUGUGUAAAGAAUGUGGGAGGAGUUUCCGACGAGCAGCACAUCUGCAGAAACAUGUUCUCCUACAUACAGGGCAAAGACCUCAUGCAUGCAUUGUCUGUUCAAGGACAUUUGUAUGCCUUACAGAUCUGAAAAACCAUGCCUUUAUACACACAAUGGACCGGCCACAUAAGUGUGAGUUGUGCACGAAAGCUUUUGCAACACCAGCACGACUACGAAGACAUCAGUUCACACACAAGAAUUCUGCAUGAGGUUAGACAGACAAUCCUGAGAGAACAUUGAGACUUGCCUGUUGUGUUGAGACCCAUCUGGAAACACGAGAAACUGCAAGAGUAAUGAGCUCAGCUUUGCACAUUAGCAUCCGGCCAUGUUCAUGCCAGGGUGUGUCAUUGUAUGGCAUCAUCUGUUCUUUUUUGUCACACUGUAAUCAUUCUUGUAUCUCAUCCACCCUUUCAUGCAUUUCUCCUUGCCCGUUUGUGUUGUCUGUGGUCUCCUUGAAGAUUGUUCAGAGUCUUCACAAUGGAACUCUUGUCAUCUCAUUCCUAGACUUUCAAGAUCCAUUUUCUAAACUAGCGAUGUGACCUCACUGUGGAUGAAAUGUAACCCAGUAGUCAGUACCCUGAAGCUAAUGAUGGAACAACAAGGUUUAUGAACAAAAAAUGUGAACUUGUGAUAUUACAGUUUAUAUCUGAAUGUGUUUGAAGAUUGACAUGGAGCUCCAAAUGGCUUAAUUUACUUUUCACUAAUAAUGGUCUUAUGAUUUUUGCUUUAGUGAGACAUACAGCAUUGUUGUUUUCCUGUUGCCACAAGAGCCACACGUGCCAAGUGACACCAUGUUUGAAGCUGUGAGUUCCAGUGCAUGGCUGUGGGACAGUCACAUUUAGCACGUGCCUUGUAAGGAAGAUGAGAUGGUAGAAACAGUUUGGCACAUGCUUACAUCUUUACAAAUUCUGUUCUUAUGCUCAGAUUUACAUUUGGGUUCAGUAACUGCUUGCUCCUGCCAUCUUGCAGGAGGUAUGUCAUGACUGAACAUGAUGCUUAUGCCUAUCUUUUGGGGCUGUUCAGUAAUUUGCAUGGAACAAUUAUAUGCACAUUGUGACUUCAUGUAAGUAAAUAAUGGCAGGUUUGAUUAAUUGUCCUAUGCAGUGAAGAGGUGUUAUGGUUAGAUUCCUUCCAUUGCUCAUUGUGAUGCACUGCACACUUGAAGAUAUGUCCUUUGAAACCUUCACAGUCAAACCUAGUUAUGAAGGGAAUGAUAUUUUGGGCAGAAAAGGACUAUGCAGUGCAUAUUCAUGAAAAGACAUUCCUGUCCAUAUCAUUAAUUUGUGAUGUCAUUUUGCUGCUGUAUUCAGUCCGAUUGUACUCUUCAGUAAAAAUGAGUAAUAGAGGUAUCAGAAAUAUAGAUUGUUCACAUAUGUCACACACAGUUCUCUCAGAUGCACAGAAAUGUUAUGUUAUCUUGUAUUCAUGCCAGUUUUGAGAGUGCAACAAAUUUCUAGCUAAUGAGGUUUCUGUACUUUUUACCUAACCAGAUAAAUGCUUAUGAAAUAUGAAAGCUACCUUACAGUGGUAUGUAAGCACAUCAUUAGCUUGGAUACAUGAAAUAAAUGAGAAAUCAUUUGUUUUAUUACCUCCUAAAUCUAUAUGAACUUGUUGAAAUAUGUAUCACAUUCAGGCUAGAAGAGCAAUAUAUGUGACAUGCAUGAGAUGGACAAGAAAUUAAUAAAAAAAUCCAGUUGUAAAAUCAGAAAGGAAGAGACUUGUGGGCGUGUACAUAAAGA